CCCCGUGCACGGCAGUCGCUGCGUCCCGACCGAGUGCGGAGCCCGGCGCGAUGCGACGCUCCGAGGCGGGCCGCGCCGUGCUCCGGGCGCUGCUGGCCGCGCACUUCCAGGCGAGUCCGGCGCUGUUGGAGAAGAAAGUUUGCCAAGGGACAAGUAACAAGCUCACCCAGUUGGGCACUUUUGAAGACCACUUUCUGAGCCUCCAGAGGAUGUUCAAUAACUGUGAGGUGGUCCUUGGGAAUUUGGAAAUUACCUACAUGCAAAGUAGUUACAACCUUUCUUUCCUAAAGACCAUCCAGGAGGUUGCUGGCUAUGUACUCAUUGCCCUCAACACAGUGGAGAAGAUUCCUUUGGAAAAGCUGCAGAUCAUCAGAGGAAAUGUGCUCUAUGAAAACACCGAUGCCUUAGCGGUCUUAUCCAACUACGGUGCAAAUAAAACCAGACUGAAGGAGUUGCCCAUGAGAAACUUACAGGAGAUCCUGCAAGGCUUCAACCUGCUCCUUCUGUCGCUGACUCUGCUGAUGGCGUUUCCAAUCUCCUGUCUCCAAAGCUUAGAAAUCUGUGCUUCGCCCUCAACUGUUAAUCCACCCUCAUACCCAGCCAUCAUCAAAUUCUGUUGCUCAGCCAAAAACCAGAAUCCAGCUUUGGAAACUGGCCCUACCUCUCAUCUCCACUGCCAUUGCCCUGUCAGAGCAUGGGCUUCACCUGCCAGUGAUACUCCAGCAGCCUCCUAA